UAUGGCUACAAGUAUUAGCGGCUACUUGAAUAUUGAUAUCGUAGAAUGAAACUAAUAGCACACCUGGAUACAAAUUUAAGAACGAGAUCAUUUCUUUUGUAGUUUGGUGACAAGGUAGAACACAUCGAAUAACUGUUUACACAUGAAAACGAAUAUCAGAUGACAUUGGCAUAAAAGAAUAUUUUACUUCAGAUAUAUUAUCAAUAUUUAUUAUCUUUGAAAGAAGAUUUGAUAGAGAACAGAUAUAACCUUGUUAAUAUAAAUCUGUGGUAGAAUCACUGUGAAAUUGUUCUUCUGAGUGAGAUUAUUAGUGAUAUUUCUCCUCCUCAUUAACUGGAAUACAUACAAGAUGAUUUUGCAUUCUAAUUAAUCUCAGACAAAUUUGCAAAGAAGUUUAACCUGCUUUAAAUAUCAACAAUGGUUACAGUUAAUGGAAAUAUAGCAGUAUAGGAAUAUAUAAAAAAAGAAAACAAGGAAAACAUCCAAAUAUUGUGGUGUGAGAAUAAAAAUUAUGGAAAAAUUUAUGUGAGAAACUUAAAGGAUUGCUUUAAUUGCAAGAUAUGCCAAAAGAGAUAGGCAAAUCAGCAUAUACCUGUGGUAUCUGUAAAAAGACAUUCUCUAAAAAGGGUCAACUUACUAUUCACAAACGCAUUCAUACAGGAGAAAAACCUUAUCACUGUGAUAUUUGUGGUGUAUCAUUCUCUGAAAAUAGUCACUUAACUACUCACAAACAUGUUCAUACAGGUGAAAAACCAUAUCAUUGUGAUAUCUGUGGUAAAUCAUUCUCUCAAAGCAGUAACCUGACUAUUCACAAACGUAUUCAUACAGGAGAAAAGCCAUUUCACUGUAAUAUCUGUGGUAAAACAUUUACUCAAACAAACCAAUUAAUUGCUCACAAACGCAUUCAUACAGGUGAGAAGCCUUUUCACUGUGAUAUCUGUGGUAAAUCAUUCUCUGUAAAUGAUCACUUAAUUAAACAUGUACGUGUUCAUACAGGCGAGAAGCCAUAUCAUUGCAAUAUAUGUGGCAAGACAUUCUCUGGAAGUGGUGACUUAACUAAACACAUACACAUUCAUACAGGGGAAAAACCAUUUCACUGUGAUAUUUGUGGUAAAUCAUUCUCUGGAAGUAGUGUCUUAACUAUACACAAACACAUUCAUACAGGAGAGAAACCAUAUAACUGUGAUAUCUGUGGCAAAUCAUUCUCACAGAAUCAUCAUUUAACUAAUCAUAAACGUAUUCAUACAGGAGAGAAGCCAUAUCACUGUGAUAUCUGUGGUAAAGCAUUCUCUCGAAAUCAUCACUUAACUACUCACAAACGUAUUCAUACUGGAGAGAAACCAUAUCACUGUAAUAUCUGUGGUAAAUCCUUCUCUGAAAAUGGUGUGUUAACUAAACACAAACGUAUUCACACAGGAGAGAAGCCUUUCCAUUGUGAUAUCUGUGGUAAAUCAUUCUCUGAAAAUGGUGUAUUGACCAAGCACAAACGUAUUCAUACAGGAGAGAAGCCAUAUCGCUGUGAUAUCUGUGAUAAAUCAUUCUCUGAAAACGGCCACUUAACUACUCAUAGGCGUAUUCAUACAGGAGAGAAACCAUAUCAUUGUAAUGUCUGUGAUAAAUCAUUCUGUCAAAAUAGUCACUUAUCUACACAUGUCUGUAUUAAUAAAAAUUAGUAAAUAUCAAUGUCAAAAUUUAAUUUCAUGAAAGAAAUCUAAUUAUCAUCAUCAUCACUGUUUGACUUCUGCCUUCUAUGCUGGCAUGGACUGGGUGGGCACUGCUCACCUAGAUGGGUUGGGGAAUUGCAUUUUGCUUGUAUGAUUCAUUUUUGGCUAGAUUUCUAUGGGUAGAUGCUCUUCUUAAUACCAACCAUAUUAUAAAAUGUCCUUGAUGCUAUUUUUGAGGCUCCAAUAUGAUAGAAGUUAUCAAUUUUUGGACAACACUAAAGGUUUCUUGGUCCCAUGUCUCAUUCACCAACCACUUUACAGAAUACUCCGGGUGGAUUUAUAGUGUCAGCAAUAUAGCAUGGUUACCACUUGCCUUGAAGAUAUGAGAGUACUUAUUUCCCUGAAAAGUAUUCUUUCAAUCAGGGUGAUGAGGUGAGGUAUGUGCAAAAGUGUGAUAGCAGAAAUGGAGUGAAUGAUGGAUGUCUAUAUCAUAUGGUCCAAGAGUAGGUGAAGUAUAGGAAGGGUAAUGACAGAUUGGUUUUAGGGUGGAUAAGGCAGCUAGGGUGAUUAGGAUGAAAGCUGGAUAGAGUGUUGGAGUGAUGAGAAGGCUACAUUACACUAGGAGAAGGUUGUAGUGAAGAGCAAAGAUCUAUCCCUCACUGACAGCCAAGUACAGGGAGUGUGAAAAAAUGAGAGCAAUAGAGGUAAGAAGUGAAAGGCAUAAGUAGAAGCAUUAAUGAGAGAAAUGAAUGAUUAGUGAGAAGAGGAUUGAUAAGAGUACCCUGUAUUCUGUGAUAUGUACAUCCAUGCAGGGUUACAUAACCAAGAGAGUAGAGCAAUGAUCAGAAAGCAAUGACACAGGAGAUAGAUUGAUGACUAUGGAAGAGCCAGGAUGAGUGAAUGAGUAUGAGAAAGAUUAUGAUGGUAGAGAGAAUAAAUGACUGGCUGUAAAUAAAAUAGCAGUGAAGGCAGUUAUUGAAUACAAUAGUUUCGAGAAGUCCCAUAUCAAAGAAUAACAUGAAUGAUAACCAGAAAUGUAUUCACACAGGAAAGAAAAUAAACAUGUGAUAACAAACUCCCAACAUAUUACAUUGGUAAGAUAAUUUAUCAUUAUAAUAUUUUUAGUAAAAUAAUUAUUUCAAAAUACUGUAUACAUUCUUUCUAAUACUGUAUACAUUCUUUCUAACAUAUUUCCAGCAAGAGAAAAGUACUACUGAUUUGUUCGAUGUGGGUGAAUAGUUGGGAAAUGUAUUCUCCAAAUCAGGGAUAACAUCACUGUUUAGUUGUAUUACAAAUAAAUACACAAAUGAUAAAAUUGAAAUAUUUCGUCAUACUUUAAUGGGAUAUUCAUAUGAUAUCUUAAGUAUAUUCUGCUGUUAAAUUUAUUAUGUUUAUUCCAUCAAAGGAUGAUUCUGUUGUUGGUUACAUUGGUAUAUAAUUUUACAGUUUACUUAUGACAUGAUGGUUAAGCUGAAUGUUAAUUAGAAAGUAUCAAUGAACCCUUUAAUAUAAUAUAAAUGCAAAAUAGGGGUGGGGGCAUAAUUUGUCAGUUAGACAUAUUUGUAAUAAAAGAUAUCACCACCAUUCUUGCAAUCUUUUCUGAUCUAAACUGAAUUAUAGGUUCUGGCAUCACUUUUUAUAAAUAUUCUUAAUAAACUGAAUUUAAAUAAAACUAAUUCAUUUUUUAAUUAUUCUCCUGUCAUUUUACAUGUAAAACCUCUUGCAACAACUUGUGCUGACACAACCAUAAACUAUAGAAUUCACAAAUUUAGUCAAUAUUUGAUUAAAGUUGCACGUUUCCCUAAAUUGAUCUCCAUUAAAUGUUUACUUUGUAGUAAUACAAUUUACUGACAUGAUUCAAUACUGAAUACUAGAUGUUAGAGAUUAUCAUGCAGUGAAUGAAAGAAAAACAUAACUUGGUACAUAAAAUGAUAAUGAUAUUGGUUAUCUAAAGAAUAUGUGAUUAGCCAGUUGGCCGACAGGAGACAAGGGAGAAGAGAGUCUAAAGAAAAUAUAUUUCCGUUACCAAUACUGUUAAAAUGCAACAAAAUAUAAAAACUAACAUAUGUGAUACAUUGUUAUUCAUGAUGUCUAGAACAAACAUUUCAGUAAGGUAUUGCAGUUAUUAUAAAAGAUAUAACUGAAUUUUUGCAGUUCUUGUAUGGUUUUAGGUGGAAUACUGGAUAUUACAAUAAAAGAUGAAUUUCAUAUAAAAAAAUAUAU